UAUAUCUUUUGUUAUAGGGAAGUUAGGCUUCUAGACAGUGAAACUCCUUUGGAGAACUAACAAAAUGCUACACGGGCUAAACCUGGAGAAAGUGUGGUUUUAAUCUGGAAAGGAUGACUUAACAUUCAAAUAAUUGGUAUGUAAGGAAAGGCAUCAGAAAAGCACAUUUAAAAUGGGUGAAGUAAAUGAAGAAUUCAAAGCCAUAAUGGCUAGAUUCAACGCUAAAACAAAGGACUGCAGUGGAUUAGGUAACAGUCAGCCUCCAGCCAUUGGAAAACCACCAACAGUGCCUGCAUCGCCAAAGCCAAGGCCAACAGUUAGCACCAUUCAGUCUCCAAAGUAUUCCUCAGACAGUGGACAUCCUCCUAGACCACCAGUAUCUGGCAAACUAGAUCCAUCAAAUGGGCCUUUUAAACACAAAGGAAUUUCUGCAAUACAAAAUGCUGUACCCCCAGCUGUACCAAAAGGUCCAGGAGCCCCAAGGAUUUAUAGAGCUGAAACUAAAGACUCCAGCAAUGCAAGUACAGAGAGUUCUCCUGCAGCGCAACCUGUGCCUGCUGCUCGAUCCUUAGUGGGACAAAAGUCUUUAUUUGAAGGGAGGAUCCAGAGUGAACAUAUGGUGAAGGAGUCUGGAUUUAAAACAAAAGCGGAACAUGUGCAAGAUAACAUAAACUGGAACAUUUCUCAGGCUCUGAAGAAACAGGAGAAAAUGAGAGAAUUUCCUGGGAAUAGGUUUAGACCACCUUUGGAAGAACAGAAAAAUGUGUUUGAAAACAUGGAUCCUUGUUCUCCUAAAAGGAAACCUUUGCCAUCAGACCUUGAUCUUUGGCAAAGGCCAGUGAAGCCAAAACGACCACCUAAUGUUGAUCUAGAGAAAUUUAGAAAAGCUAGGAGUAAGGUGUUAUUUGGACCUCCUCCCAUGGGCAGUCUUACUGGUAUUCCUAACCUUAAAAUCCCUAAACCAUUGCCUCAGCAAAGUCACUCUCGUCCUGGAUUUAUUCCACAUCUUCCUGAGAGGCCUUCUGUAGAUGUACAUGCAUUAAACCAUAGAAGCAACGAUGAACAAGACAUGAUGUACGAUGAUGCAGAAACAGUAAGAUCAGAGAAGCCUUUUUUUCCACCUGCACCACCUGUUCUGCCUCCCAAACCUGCAAAUUUAGGAGAAGACUCGUUAAGUGAAAUAGGAUCCAGUAUUGGAGAAAAGGAUUCAGAUGGAGAUGAUAGCGAAUGUUAUGAAACAGUAGAUCGUGUGGAAAAAGACCAAAAACCUGGGCCAAAAACUGACAAAACAAGUCGGGAGCUGACAAAAGAACAAAAGGAACGGCAAAAGAAAGAAAACGAUUCAAGGAAGAAAUUUAUGCUGACAGGCCCCAUUGAAGUAAUCCACACAGCCAAUGUGAAUAAGAACUCCCGUGGAGGAAAGCUUGAUCUCUGUGUAAAACAAGGAGACUCCAUUGAAAUUGUGAGAAUAAAUGAUAAUCCAGAAGGGAAAUGGUUGGCCCGUACCUCAGAUGGAACAUUUGGUUAUAUAAGCAACACAAAUGUGGAUGUAGAUUACGAUGCUGUGAAAAGGAAAUUUGUAAAUAAUACAAAGAUGCGAGUUUCCCCUGCACUCAAGCAGACUCAACACGAGGACUUAUACGAUGAUGUGGAUUCUAUGGCUGACAUCAGCAGACUGAAAAUAAGUCAUGAAGAUGAAUAUGAUGACGUUGAUCCAAUAACUGAAGAUUUUCCUCCUCCGCCACUUGAAUUAAGAAUGCCAAUAAAUCCCAAGAUUUCAGUUAAAAAGUCUAAAAAAGAAGAAAGGGAUGAAAAGGAAUUUAGGAAGAAGUUUAAGUUUGAAGGUGAGAUUAAAGUGUUGAGUAAAAUGAUGGUCGAUCCCAACGCUAACACCAAGAAAGGAGGAGGAAAGGAUUUGCAGCUAGCCCGUGGUGAAAUCCUAGAUGUUAUUCAGUUUACAAGUUCUGAAAAGUAUCUCUGCCGUAAUACAAGUGGAAAAUAUGGGUAUGCCCCAAAGAAUCUCCUCCUUGAACCGGAGUGGGAGAUUUAUGAUGAUGUAGACCACCCUGAUAUCUAUGACAAUGAUUAAAGUGUACAUUUUCUGCAAACCUUGCUGCCAAAACUGGACGAAUGAACUUGAGUUGGUGCCUGUACUGUGUACAUUUACUGAGAGCCAUAUAACUUUUUCUAAACACAACCAUCUUAAUUAUUGACUAGGCCAAACCACACUUGGCCGUAAGCCUGGAAUGCUUUUCCAUUAGGAUCUUUUCACUACUACAUCUCCAUCUAUGGUACAAAAUAAACAACAUUGUACAAAGGAACGUUAAAGGAAGUUUUCUCAUCUGUUUUGUCAUUUCUUCUUAGCGCUGGAUCAUCAUCUGAAAUGAUGACUUUAAAAGUGAGUCUGAAAAGAGUGGAUACAAUUAAUUGUGGGCUGAGAAUGUAAAGCCAUUCAGAGGAAGUGAAUUUUUGAUCAACAGUGAAUGAGUAAUCAAUCGCCUGGGCAAAUCUCAGAGCAAUCAGACUUUGCAAUAAAAAUAGUUACAGUUUGCACUGGAGACUGCAACUUUCUACGUAUAUUGAAAUGCACAUGUUGAUAAAUAUGCCUUUCAAAUUCUCUUUGGUAUGCCUAGAAAUACAUAUUACAGGCUCUGAAGUCCUGCUGAAAUCAGCUUCCACAGUAUCAACUGAAAAGCCAGUCGAGUCAUUCUCUUACACUGUGAAUUAGGUGUAACAAUGGUUGGUGAAGUUCUGCUUGCAGAUGUUAGUCUUAACUUUUUCCCAAAGUAAGCAGAAUAUACUUUGAAUGUUGUUGUGUCUUUCGGCUUUUCCCAGUUAGGGGUCACCACAGCGGAACUCCGGUCUACUAAUGAUUGGCAGUAGAUUUUUACGUGCCAAAUGUAA